GGCCUCGCAUGGCGCCGUCUCUUCCGGUGCGGGGAGUACUAUGGGGACAAUACAUCUGUUCCGCAAAUCACAGAGGUCAUUGGUUGGAAAGUUAACGCAUGAAUUUAGGCUGGUUGCGGCAGAUAGAAGGUCCUGGAAGAUCUUGCUGUUUGGUGCUAUAAAUUUAAUAUGUAUUGGCUUCCUGCUAAUGUGGUGCAGCUCUACAAACAGCAUAGCUUUAACUGCUUACACGUAUUUGACAAUCUUUGAUCUUUUCAGUUUGAUAACAUGUCUAAUAAGCUACUGGGUAAUGGUGAAGAAACCCAGUCCAGUCUAUUCAUUUGGGUUUGAGAGGUUUGAAGUUCUAGCUGUAUUUGCUUCUACAGUUCUGGCACAGCUUGGUGCUCUUUUUAUACUGAAAGAAAGUGCAGAGCGAUUUCUCGAACAACCUGAGAUACACACGGGGCGACUACUAGUUGGUACUUUUGUGGCUCUCUUUUUCAACUUAUUUACAAUGCUUUCUGUGAGGAAUAAGCCUUUCGCUUAUGUCUCUGAAGCUGCAAGCACGAGUUGGCUUCAGGAGCACGUUGCAGAUCUCAGUAGAAGUAUUUGUGGAAUCAUCCCAGGGCUGAGUAGCAUCUUUCUACCACGGAUGAACCCUUUUGUCUUGAUUGAUAUUGCUGGAGCUCUAGCUCUUUGCAUUACGUAUAUGCUCAUUGAAAUCAACAAUUACUAUGCUGUAGACACAGCAUCAGCUAUAGCAAUAGCUUUGAUGACAUUUGGUACCAUGUACCCCAUGAGUGUCUACAGUGGGAAAGUACUGCUCCAGACAACCCCACCACAUGUGUUCGGCCAGUUGGAUAAACUUCUUAGAGAGGUUUCAACUUUGGAUGGUGUCUUGGAAGUUCGAAAUGAGCAUUUCUGGACAUUAGGUUUUGGCACUUUGGCUGGAUCGGUCCAUGUCCGAAUUCGGAGAGAUGCGAAUGAGCAAAUGGUACUUGCCCAUGUCACUAACAGAUUAUACACAUUGGUCUCAACCUUGACUGUUCAGAUUUUCAAAGAUGACUGGAUCAGACCUACCUUAUCAUCUGUGCCUAUUGCAAACAAUAUGCUGAACCUUUCGGAUCAUCAUGUUAUUACCAUGCCAUCUUUGAAAGCUGCUGACAACUUGAACCCUGUUACAUCUACUCCAGCAAAGCCCAGCAGCCCGCCACCAGAAUUUUCUUUCAAUACACCAGGCAAAAAUGUGAAUCCUGUUAUCCUUUUAAACACUCAAACAAGGCCCUAUGGAUUAGGCCUUAAUCAUGGAUCCACACCUUACAGCAGUGUACUCAAUCAAGGAUUUGGAAUACCGGGAAUGGGAGCAACUCAAGGAUUCAGAACUGGGUUUACAAAUGUCCCAAGCAGAUAUGGAACAAACACUCGUGGUCAAUCCCGACCAUAAUAAACAGCAUUAUUUAUUGUACUUAAGGGUAUUGACUUAAUUAUUUUAUUACCCAAUUUUUAUGAACAUUUGGAAUGUCAGAGCAUUCUAAAUGGCUGGGAACAAGUGCAUUGUUCAUAUUCGUGAAAUGGUUAAAUUGCUUUCUUUUCUUUAUGUUAACGGUAGCCUGUGUAACGCCACAAAUGUUUUCCAGACUCUAUGAUACUUUACAGAUAGUUUUUAUAGCGUCUACUUUUAUUCAGCUUUCUACUCACUCCCCUUUUUUUCCCCAAGAAUGUAUCAAGAUUACAGCACAACUACGUGAGAGAGUAGAUUUGUGACUAAGUGUUGUUUUUUACUGUUGAGAACAGCUUACUGAGUGCUGAAUGGCUGAGAGAAAAGGAAACCGCAGAUGUGCAGGACUCUGUCUUUGAGGAUGUUUUGAUUGCUAUAUUAAGCCACCUUUUGGCAAAGUCACAAUUAGUUUUUCCAGGGUUGCAAAAGUCCAUCAGUAUUCGUAUUGUGGCUGUUAGAAGGACAAUCUGGCAUUUCAGAUUCUAAUUAAUUUUAUGAGACAAAGUUUUUAAUGCUUUUGUUGAUGCCUUUAUAGAAAUUCAGACGGCUCAGCAACCAUUUUCUAGCUGUAAGUUUUCCAUAUCCAUCUCUGAUAUUUCUUUCUGAUUUAAUUUCAGAAUUACUUAGCAAUAUACUGGGAAAUAAAGGAUUUCAAACUUAA